AUGGAUCUGAUUGCCGAGUACCUUAUACCGAGCCUGGAUCAAUCGUCUUGCGUUCUUGUCCAUGGCGACUUAUCGACCGAAAACAUUAUUAUCGAUCAGGACUUUAACGUUAAGGCAAUUAUUAACCUCGGUUUUGCGGAGAAGAUACCAUUCCAAUUAUCAGCAUGUUUCCCCAACUUCUUAACUCAUGACUUCCAAACACCACACGAUCAGGUCGAAGUUGAAUACGGAAACAAUACAGAUGGGCAUUUAGUAUGUAAGCCAAAGAAUACGCCAACGAUGCGACGGGACCGUGUCUUUUACCUGCAAUGCGUUAAAGAAUUAUCCGAAGGGGACCCGAUGCUCGAAGAGUACUACCAACUGCUAGCUUCUAAGGACGAGAUACGAAGAUACUGGUGGCUUAUGGCGGCUACGAAGCUGAAGGUUCACCAGGCUAUGGCCGUGUGCAACUGGUUGCGUCCGUAA